UCCUCAUUUCAUUCAUAACUUCAUCUCAAAAGAAAAAAUGGACCUCUUUGCUCGAAAUAGAUCUAAAGUAAAGAAAAAAAUUGUCAUUGAUCCACCGUUAAGUAAAACAGUGAGUAACAACUCAACGACUCCCCAAUCACCAAGAAGUCCACAUCAUGUUCAUCCUAACGAUGAGUAUUUUACUUCAGUUCGUUUAACAGAAGGAGGCUCUUCUUCUAUUCGAAGUUCUCAAUCAUCGUCUAUACCAAGCACAGAUAGUGAAUAUACCAAUGUAGAUAUCAUGACAGAUGCUGAGAUAGAAGAUUCCUUUGAAAGAAUGCUAACAAGAAGAGGAAUACAUGACAGUAAUGCAAGAUCGAAAAUGUCCUCAUUUUCAAUGGAAAAGAAGAGACUUAUGGUAUCUCAAGAUAUACAGUCUGAAUCUAACUUAACCAGCUUACCAAGAAGAACUGAUAAAAAGUCAGAUCACUUUCAAUCUGAAAGUAAAGGUCCAGAUUAUUAUGUUCGAAAAUUAUCUGAUAUGUCAAAAGGCGUGAAUACCAAAAUUGUUUCACAUCUUGCAGUAGGUCUAAGAACUAUGCCAUUAAGUUGGGUUCGUCAAUUUAUUGAUAUGCAAGGUUUACAGAUUAUUACAAACUUAUUAAAGACAUUGAGGAAAACGAAAAACAUGUAAAUUACAAAAAGUGGCAUACAUAUAUACAUAUAUAAAUAUAUAUAUAUAUAUAUAUAUA